ACUAACCUUGCAUACGUCAUACAGUAAAGAUGGCGACUUGCUGAAGCGCACCAUGCUUUAUUGUUUAUAAAGCAAUUUAUUGUUUUUUCACCGGAUUAAGCAUUCAGAAGAUCGCAUAAAUGUCGAGAUUAAUAGUUAAGAAUCUCCCAAAUGGGAUGAAGGAUGAUCGCUUCCGUAAGAUGUUUGCUGAUUUCGGGACACUUACAGAUUGUGCACUUAAAUUUACCAAAGAUGGGAAAUUUCGCAAAUUUGGUUUUGUGGGUUUCAAGACUGAAGAGGAUGCCCAAAAGGCCCUGAAACAUUUCAACAAGAGCUUUGUGGACACAUCACGAGUCUCCGUGGAAUUCUGCACAGAUUUUGGCGACCCCAACAAAGCCAGACCCUGGAGCAAACAUACACGCCAACCAUCAUCCAGCAAAGAUAAAGAUGAACAAAAACAAGAAGAAACAGAUGAAAAGAAGGAGAAGAAAAAGAAGAAACCUUUGAAUGUUCUUGGAGAUCUUAAAGAAGAUCAAGACUUCCAAGAGUUCGUCGCUGUACAUCAAAAACGCACACAGGUGCCCACCUGGGCCAAUGAUGCUGUGGAAGCUGCAACUGUUCUUGCUGAAAAGGCGAAGAAGGAGAAGAAAAAGAAAGUGGCUGUUAGUGACGAUUACCUAAACUUUGUCGAUGAGUCUGAGAAUCCAAGUGAUGGAGAGGAUGAAGAAGAAGAUGAUGAUGAUGCUGAGGAAGAGGAACAACAAGAUAAUGCUAAAGAAGCAUUGAAGAAAGGUUUGUCAGACAUGGAUUAUCUUCGCUCUAAAAUUGUGGCCGCAUCAGACAUGGAAGAAGAAGCCAAAGAAGAUGAAAAUGAAGAUGACAGUGCUAAGCCUGAGGAGAGUGAUGAUGAAGUGAAGGACGAGGAGGAGGAGGAGGAAGAAGAAGAAGAAGAAGAAGAGUCCACAAUCCAGCACACAGACAGCGCAUAUGAAAGUGGUGACAAAACAAGCACAGCAGUGUCCCAUAACAAGAUCGAGCCAAGCACAGAAUUCACGGUGAAGCUACGAGGUGUCCCAUUUAACGUUAAAGAGCAACAAGUGAAAGAAUUUAUGAUCCCUUUGAAACCUGUGGCCAUUCGAUUCGCCAAAGGCAGCGAUGGACGUAACUCAGGUUAUGUGUAUGUGGACCUGCGUUCAGAGGCUGAGGUCGAAAGAGCACUACGCCUUGACAAAGACUACAUGGGGGGGCGCUACAUCGAAGUGUUCAGAGCCAACAACUUUAAAACCAAUCGAAGAUCUGAGAAGGUAAGCGAGGAGAAAAAUUUUGUCCGCGAGCUGAGGGAUGACGAGGAAGAGGAGGAUGUGGCCGAAUCGGGAAGACUCUUCGUCAGGAAUCUACCCUACACAUGCACUGAAGACGAUCUGAAAGAACUCUUCGUCAAACAUGGUCCUCUUUCCGAGGUGAACUUUCCUAUCGACAGCCUGACUAAGAAACCAAAGGGCUUUGCCUUUCUGACAUAUAUGAUACCAGAAAAUGCAGUUUCGGCUUUGUCUCAAUUGGAUGGUCACGUAUUCCAGGGGCGGAUACUGCACGUCAUGGCCUCCAGGCUGAGGAAGGAAAAAGCCGAUCAAGGGUCCAAUGCAACCGGCAGCUCCUCGUACAAGAGACAGAAAGAUGCCAAAGACAAAGCAGCAAGCGGCAGCGCUCAUAACUGGAACGCGCUGUUUCUGGGCACGAGCGCGGUUGCCGAUGCUAUCGCUCAAAAAUACAACACCACCAAGAGCCAAGUGUUAGAUCACGAGUCGGAGGGCAGUUUGGCCGUGCGGAUGGCCCUCGGAGAGACGCAGAUCGUACAGGAGACCAGACAAUUUCUUCUGGAUAAUGGAGUGUCUCUAGACUCAUUCAGUCAGGCAGCCGGCCAGCGCAGUAACUCUGUGAUCCUGGUGAAGAAUUUGCCCUCAGGUGUUCAGGUGGGAGAUCUGGAGAGUCUGUUUUCGCCCUGCGGAUCUCUGGGAAGAGUUCUGCUGCCCCCGUCUGGCCUCACGGCUAUAGUGGAGUUCCUGGAGCCCAGUGAAGCCAAACGGGCCUUCAUGAAACUUGCAUACACAAAGUUCCAGCAUGUUCCCUUAUAUCUGGAGUGGGCUCCUGUAGCCGUCUUUACAACUCCCAGAACACCUAAAGCAGCACCUGUGAUAAAAGAAGCUCCUGCUGAGAUUAAAGCUGAGGAGGAGGAGGAAGAAGAAGAAGAGGAUGAUGAUGAAGAGGAAAGUUUGCCUGGCGCAACCCUCUUCAUUAAAAACCUUAACUUCAGCACCACAGAGGAGACAUUACGAGAGACGUUUUCUAAAUGUGGUGUGGUGAAACUUUGUACAGUAUCAAAGAAGAAAGAUAAAACAGGUAAAUUGUUAUCUAUGGGUUAUGGUUUUGUGCAGUACAAAACUCCAGAGGCAGCACAGAAAGCCAUGCGACAGCUGCAGCACUGUAAUGUCGAUGAACAUCAGCUUGAGCUGAAAAUAUCAGAAAGAGCCAUCAAGUCUGGUGUGGCACAGUCAAAAAGAAAAAAGCAGACUUCAAGGAAACAAACAACAUCUAAGAUCCUCGUGCGAAACAUCCCAUUCCAGGCCACCGUAAAGGAAGUAAGAGAGCUCUUCUGUACGUUCGGAGAGCUGAAAACGGUCCGACUGCCAAAGAAGGGGAUUGGUGGAGCCCACCGUGGUUUUGGCUUCGUUGACUUCCUCACUAAGCAGGAUGCCAAGAAAGCAUUCACAGCGUUGUGCCACAGUACCCAUCUUUACGGUAGGAGACUGGUGCUGGAGUGGGCAGAUGCAGAAGAGACUGUGGACGAUCUACGACGGAAAACCGCUCAACACUUUCACAAUGCUCCUAAGAAACGGAGAAAGGCUGAGAUCUUGGAGGGAAUCAUGGAGCAGAUGGAGGUCGGGCCGGAGGACGGGGAGUGAACAGCAUCCGUCAGUCACCUAAAGCAUCAAUACCAGAACCAACUCCGGUUGAAGGUGAACUCGGCGCCUGAGCCCUUCGAAAAGACGCCCAAAGGCCAAGUUUCCCUUCGUUGUUUUUAAUCGUUGCGGAGGGCAGAGACAUUUCAUGCUUUGGUAUGGUGACGUUCAACUAUCACCGAGGGGUGAUUGACGUUUAUAAUUUUUGUUUCUGAAAUUGUAGAUGGAAAAUAAAUUUUUGAUGUUCAUUUUGACACCAGA